AUGUCCCUUGUUGCUGACUACUUGGCCCAUACAACUGCUACAACUAAAAAGCAUUACUGCUUGAAGACAACAGUCAAUGCCUGCAUGGAAAUGAAGCUGAUCUCCAAAGUUGCCAUGUCCAUUGAAUCUGAUAGUGAGACUGCAGGCCCCUCCUGUGCAAGCACAAGGAGAAAAGGAGCAUUGUCCAGCAGCAAAAAGUUGGAUGAGGCACAGACCUUGAAACUCUUCUAUGAACACUUCCCUGUCACAAUUGAUGGACAAUCAAUCAAGACGAAGGACAGACGACUGAUUGCAGGAACGUAUGAGAGAUACUGCUAUGACAAGUGGAGAAGCCAGCAAGAGAAAAUGAGACGUGAUUAUGUGAUCGCGCACUUCCCCAGAAGACAGCCCACUGCAAGUCAAGUAGAGAGAUACAUUGAAAGGCAGAACUGGGAGAAGAACAAAGUGAAAGUGGAGAAUGUCCUUUGUUACUGGCAACCUUCAAUUAACACUGACACACCAAAAGACAACAAGGCAAUUAAGAAGCUGGUGAAGUCCCAGAAGUGGAAAGGACUGUACAUUGCCACUGACCCUGAUAAAGGAAAAAAAGGUCAUGACGACACGUCCAUUUGCUAA